UCUGGAGAUGGUGCUGCUGUCGCCGGCGCUGCUUCCAAUGGCGCGUCUUCGGCUUCGUCGUCAAACUUUCGCAAUGUCAGCGCGUGUAAUCGAUGUCGUUUGAGGAAGAACCGCUGUGAUCAGAAGUUGCCGGCAUGUACGAGUUGCGAAAAGGCCAAUGUCAAAUGUGUCGGCUUCGAUCCUGUCAGCAAACGCGAAAUACCAAGGAGCUAUGUGUAUUAUCUGGAGAGCCGAGUGCAGCAUCUAGAGUCUUUGCUUCAAGCCAACAGUAUUCCUUUUGCGCCGACGGAUGACUUCAGCAUGAGCGUGGCAUCACCUGUCUCUCCUACUUUACCGGCCGCAGGCGAAGCAGCGGUUGCCGGUGCGCAAAAGUACAUUGACAGCAAUGCUGGUACCGUUUCUGUAUCCAGCGAACAGACCGAGCAGAAGCAUCUCUCUAACCUCGUACACAACAUUGGAAACGUGUCAGUACUGGGCGCUUCAGAUUCUCGGUAUCUUGGAUCUACUUCUGGAAUUUCUUUCGCUAGGGUUGUCUUUGCCGCAGUCAAGAGCUCGGUAUCAGGAUCCACUUCCGAGCGUGGUGGCGUCCGUCCAUCGAAACCGCUUACCAGUGCAGCUACUGGAGGCACUACUAUGAGAGACUCGUUCUUCGGCCUUCAAACGAAACCGGCAAUCAAACCGGCGACAUUUCCUGACAAGGACAUUGGACGACGAUUGAUGGAGCUAUACUUUGAGCACUCCAAUCCUCAAAUACCAAUUCUCCAUCGAGGAGAAUUCAUGGCACUGUUUGAAAAGGUUUACGCUACUGAUGAGAAGAAAAGGACACCAAGGGAGCUAUAUAUGCUCAAUAUUGUCUUUGCCACAGGUGCUGGAGUCAUUCUGGAAGCUUCUGACAAGAAUGGUGAUGCAGAGAACGCAGCUGAUGCCAAAGCUGGACACAGUCGCAAGAGACAAAAGCUAUCUCACGAGCAAUGCCGACCGGAAGAGUAUCAUGCUUCGGCUAUAGUACAUCUGGAAUCGUUCCUUGGAUCUUCUUCUUCUGGAACGGAAGGCAUUGGAGGCGGUCUUGAAGAACUGCAGGCUGUUCUCCUUCUAGCAGGAUUUGCAUUACUUCGGCCCGUUGCACCAGGUCUCUGGUAUAUCGUAGGAGUUGCUGUUCGUCUUGCCGUCGACCUUGGUCUUCACAAUGAGGACCCGGAAGCUUCGGCAGAGGCUAGCGCAGAGCAGACCGAGAUGACUAAUGCUGCGAGAGAAGAGUACGGACGCCGCCAGUACAUUCGAGAUUUCCGAAGAAGGCUGUGGUGGUGCGUAUAUUCUUUCGAUCGCCUGGUUUCGACGUGUGUUGGCAGACCGUUCGGUAUCACCGACCAGGUCAUCACUACCGAAUUCCCAACAUUGCUUGACGACAAGUACAUCACGCCUAGCGGUUUCUUGAAUCCGCCGCAGAACGAGUACGGCAGUAUACCGAGCUACAAGCAUGUCUCCUAUCAUUAUUUCCGCCUACGCUUGUUGCAGUCAGAGGUACUGCAAGUUUUGCAGCAUCGCCAAACUCAGCAGUUCCGAGAAAGAGGCACAGUGAAUGGUGCCAAUCGAUGGAUGCACACGGAUCUCCCUUCACCAUUCUUGUCAAGAUACUCGAGCUUCAGAGAGUGGCGAGGUGAUAUUGAUCGAAGGUUGUACGAGUGGAUCGAGUCUUCACCUACACAGACAAUGACUGGAGUCGCCUUCUCGCCACUGUUCUUGGAGCUCAACUACUGGCUUACCGUGACUAUGCUAUACCGACAAUCGCUUUCAGUACCUCCAUCACUUGCUGGAGAGUUGGAUGCCGCUACUGGCGAUGAUGUCACCAGUCCGGGCCACGUCGACUACGAAGAAGAAGACGAGGAGAUGGUGUUCUUGAAAGUGGCUGAAGCUGGACAAAAGACACUGAAAAUUUACCGUCAACUACAUCGUGUGAGAUUGGUCAACCAUACUUUCCUGGCUACACACCACCUAUUCAUGUCUGGUAUAUCUUUCUUGUAUGCCAUCUGGCACUCUACCGUAGUGAGAUCAAAGCUCACACUGGACGAUGUCGACUUUACUAUUCUGGCAGCAACAUCUGUGCUGGGAGAUAUGAUUGAGAAGUGUCCCCCAGCCGAAGCGUGUCGUGAUGCAUUUGAUCGCAUGAGUAAAGCGACCAUUGCAAUGGUAGAGCAGACAACAGGAUUCGGAUCCCAAGCGCUGCGAUAUAUCGCACAAGCACAAAAAGUACAGCAACACGCGGAUGUGUCUGCUGCAGGGGAGCGUAACAUCAGAAAGAUGAAUCCUAAUACAGCCAUAGCGGCCCCCAGUCACGGCAGGCCUCAACAGCAGCAGCAACAACAGCAUCAGCAGCACGCGCAACAAGUUAGACGACCUAUGCCACGAUUUGACAUGAAUCUACGGGAUCUGUUCACAGAUGACGAGUCAACCAACCGACCGUCGGCACAACGAAGAGCACCAUUCCCAAUGUCCAGGCCACCAGUUGCGGCAGUCAAGCGUGAA